AUGACUAAAAACGUAAUUGGUUCAAUAACAAAGAAUUUAGAAACAGUAUUUGGAACUUUAGCAAAAAGAAAGAGUAAAGGUGAAAAUUUAUUAGAUGUUUGUUUUUCAUUACCAAGUAGAGGUGUUGGAAAUAAAUUUGCUAAAAUGGGUUGGACUGAAAAAGAUACAUAUUGGACCGUAACAAAAACAAAAUUUAAUAGUAUUACUUGUACAAAUUCAUCAUUAAAAGGUCAAGCAUAUGGUAUUUUAACAUGGGGUGGUAAAACAGAUACAAAAGAAAGAAAAAUUGAUGAUGCUUUUUCAAAAGAUUGGACAAUUUACCCAGCUAUUAAAUUUCCAGCUGCAGCUGAACCAGUUGUUGAAACUGUUAUAACUGAAGAAAAUCCUCAAACUGAAGAACAACAACAACAAAACUAA